AAACAAGGAGCAACCUGACGCACAGAGGCACUAGACAUUUUGGAUAAUAAACUGCUGAAAGAAGACAUGUUGCUGUUGAGGACUUUCGCUCCCUGGUUGCUGUUGGCCUUCCUGGGGCGGCAGGUCUCUCUGUCCUCCGGUGUGCGCCAUGCGAACCGAGGAGCGGACAGGACCCCAGCCCCCGGCAGAGCGCAGAGGAGCGGGGACAAGACCGCAGCGAACGGCCGGGGGAAGUUCUCCAUCGAUGCGGGGAUGCAGUGCACGUGGGGGGCGAGAGAUGUCGCGGACGCGGUCAGGCUGACGGUCAAGUGCGAGAACCCUGAGGCGCGCAUCAAAGGCGGGGUGACCGACCUGGAGUGUCAAUACAACGGCAAACCCCAGCGCUGCCCGGGCUACCAGUCCGACCCCAAGGGCUUCUGGAAGCAGGUGGGCCGCGCGUUCAAAAGGCUGCAAGGCAAAGCGUGCCGGGACGACCGCGCGCUCGUGAGGGCGACCAUGUGUAAGCGCGCGCCUCGGGACGCGCACUUCAAGCUGGACAUGUCCAGCUCCGUUGCCUCCGCCCAGUCCGGACAAGCGGAGACCCCGCUGCCGCCUCGCUUCAACUCCACCGCUGCGCGUCCGACCGCGUGCACGCGGCGCGCCGACCACCAGAGAAAGGCGGAGGAGCACUGCAGCAGCUCGUGGGUCAGUCUGUGCUCCUUCUUCUUCUCCAUCCUGCAAAGUGACGACUGUUAGCUCCAGGAGCGAUCACGAUCAGACUGAAUGUAGGACUUCAUUUAGGACUCAUUCAGGACUUCUAGGUGACAUCUGUCUACACAUCAAAUCCACCUGAACCAUAUUCUCUCCACACUGUGCAUUUUUCCAGAAGUUUUCACUUUUGACAUGUUCCACAUUACUCGUGCAGGUGUGGAUACCAUCAGGUAUCAAUCAGGUGUUUUGAAUGUGAAUGAGUCUGAACUGUUUUAUUCUCAUUAAAUGCAGUUAUGAUCAGCUGUACCACUGAAAUGCUGCUCACACAUCAAUACGUAUUUUUUACAUAUUUUUUUUUAAUUCUUAAUAACAAACUUUAAAGUGAAGCGGCAUUCACAAUAAGAUUAUAAUACACAGCAGGUACAACUGUGGCCACGUCACCACUCCAGCAUAACGUGAACACAAAAAUUCAAACUUCUCAGUCUUGGAUCCUGAGAUAUAAUGUCCGGUUUGUCGACAGAUUUUGACUUUUUUUUUUACUUGUAAUAGAAUAUUUCUUCAGUGUGGUAUUAUUUUAUUCAAGCGAGCAACCUGAAUACUUCAUCUCACAGAGCUGAUUGUUGGUUAUUGUGGUAGAGUGGUACUUUCUUCUACCUCUGAUCGAUCAGACACGUAAACACCACUGUACUGUAUUUAUGCACCACAAAUAAAUGUUUUCUAUUUA